AUGCGAUCUCUCGUGGCAUUGGCGGCUCUCGCCCUCUCGGGCACCGUCAAUCUAGCCGCAGCGAGUGUCUGCAGACCUAAAAACCCUACUUCUACGCUGGCAUCUACUCUAGCUUCCACCAGCACAGCCACCGGUUCUGAGCCUACUCAGACCGGCGCCCUUCCCAAGGUUCGCAACCUCGCCAGCAACGGUAACAUGGGUGAGAUCGACCCCGAGGACCCCGAGGCUUUUCCCGACUGGGAUGUCGAGGGAGAUGGAAAGAUCGUUGGAGGCCAGGGUCGUCCAGAACCCGGCAGCAACGAACGAGGCGCCGCCGCCAUGAGCGCCUCCAACACUGGCUCCGGAAAGCGAGACAUGGGCAUCUCUGUCAGUAUCUCGCAGACGAUCGCCAAUCUCGACCUUACGACACCUUAUACCAUUCGCUUCUACUACCUCGUCGUCACAUCGCCUCAGGCCAUCAACCUCUGCGAGCUGACAGCCUACCUCGGCGGCACCGUCUUCCACCAGAGCUGGGUCUUCAGCCAAGGCACUGCUAUCUCAUGGAACGAAGUCCUCAAGUCUGUUCAGCCCGCCCAAGUCAACGCGCCUCUGCGCAUCGGAAUGAACUGUCUCUUGGGCGGAGGCGCCACCAUCCUCGUCGACUCUGUCUUUAUUUCGAACCUCGUUACACCCGAGACCAUCAACGACUUUGUCAUUGACUUUGGCAACUCCGGCACCGGAGAGAACCCUCCUCUCACGCCCCCUGCAGUGGGGCCUACCAGUGCCGUUCCUGGUGAGAGCACUAGCUUUCCUGCCAGUGAAGAGCAGGGCACUUCGACGUGGUUCACGAGUGGUGAGGAGGAGACUGCGACGCCUACAUGGUUCACUACUCGUCCUGGAGAGCAAGAGACCUCGUUGUUCACAAGUGGACCUGCAGAACAGGAAACUUCAUGGUUCACCAGUGACUUCGAAGAGGCUUCGACUCGGGCCACGAGCGCCCCUGAAGAGACCUCUACGUGGUACACAACUGGUUCCGGAGAGCAAGAGCAUUCUACAUGGUAUACCAGCGGUGUCGAGGAACACUCAACCUGGUACACUAGCGGUGUCGAGGAAGCUUCGACAUGGUACACUACUACCCCCGAGCAACAACAAACCUCCGAGCCAGAGUCUCAAUUCACUACUGCCUGGACCGAGCCCGGCACCCAGUCAUCCUCAGUUCUGCCAGACACUACAUCCUCUGCCCCUCCCACCUUCUGCUCCAAGGCCCUCAACGGCGGCUGCUGGUGGAAGCGUCCUUGGAGCGGCGAAGACAUGGUCAACUGCGCCAGCCGAGGUUCCUGGCCCGGUCCUGACGGUCAGGGCUGGGAGGUCACCGAACGUCCUGACAACUGGCCCCAACCGUGGAGCCAGCUGUGGUGUCUGGGCUGGUGCUCCCUCACUCCCGGCUGCAAGUCUGUCGCUUACAUGCCCGACACUCGAACCUGUCGGUUCUCGAAGUUUGAGGUGCAGGACGCGAGCUUCGUUCACGGGCCUAACCCUAAUGUUGAUACCCCAGGUGUCUUCUACUGGCAUGAUCUUUCAUGCUUCAACUGCCCCUGCAACGAGGAGGAUGAGGUAACAUCUGUGCCGGAGGUUGCUAGCACGGCUAUCACCCUCGAGCCCGAAACCACCCAGAUCGAACCUGAGACCACUACGCAAGCCGAGCUCGAGACUACCACCCAGGCUCAGCCUACUUCGGAGCCUACAGACACUUUCAAGCUCCCCCCUGCUUCCACCUGCCCUAAGGCUCUCAAGGAUGGUUGCAAGUGGACCAACCAGGAGAUCGGCCAUGCCUUCUGCGCCUACCGAGGCACUUGGCCGGCUGAUGACGCUGCUGGUUGGGCUGUUUCGCCGCCGGAUGACUAUCCUAUUGCUUGGACUCAGAUGUGGUGUGUCGCUUGGUGUUCCCUUGACCCCCGCUGCAAGUCUGCCGCUUGGAUGGAUGAUCGCUCGUGCCGCUUCUCGACCCACGAGGUCCAGGACGCCGACUUUAUCAUGGCUGCCGAUCCUAACGUGGAUAACCCCGAGGAGGGCAUCUACUACUGGCACGACUUGUCUUGCAUGACCUGUGCCUGCCACGAUGAUCCCACAACUACCACAUUUGUCACAACCACAACUCAAGCUUCCCUCCCUGGCGGCGAAGAGGAGACCUGGAUCUGGCUCACCCCGACCCCAGAGCCUCCCGUUGAGGAGCAAGCCUGUGAGUGGGACUGGGGCCAGGGUAUCUGCUACAGACCCUUUGAGAAGGAACAAGGUCCCUGUGGCGGCUCUCUCAAGAUUGUCAACCCCGCGCAGUACACCAAGCUGCCCUAUGACUGGGUCCCUCAAGUCUCGGAGCCGGUUCACUGCGCUAUCCUUUGCCACACGAACCCCGACUGUGGCGCCUGGGGUUUCGAGUGGAGCAUGAACAUGAACUGUGUUCUGUCUCUUAAUAAGAGAAGUGUGGAUGAACUCGAAGUUGUCCCUUCAGGAGCUGAGUGGCGCUGGUAUGACCGAGACUGCUGGGUGUGCAAGGACUGCGUUACCUCUUGGGACUGGACCUGGGGAUCUCAGCCCUCCACAGCUCUGCCCUCUGAAGCAUACACAACGGCAUACCCAACAAUUACAGAAGAACCAGCGUACACCACCACUACAGCUGAGCCCGCAGAGACAACCUGCCCCACGCUCGAUGAGCCCAUCAAGCUCUGCCAGCGCACCGGCCACACAGGUAACUGCGAGGGCAAGGUCGACUGGGUCAACCCAACCAACUACUACAAGGCGUCCAUGGACCGCUUCCCCGAGCAAAAGGACGCGGUCGACGCCCUCACGUGCGCCGCCAUCUGCAAGGCCAACCCAGACUGCCGGGCCUUUGGCUGGUAUCCGGAUAUUGAGUGUGUCAUUGCCGUUGACCAGAAGACCAUGGACGACCUUGAAUGGGGCGUCAGGUCACCUCAGUGGUACCUGUGGUUCAACCUUGAUUGCUUUGAGUGCGAUGAGACUUGUGUCGCGGGACAGUAUGCGUGGAGUCUCGAGACACCUGAGGAGACACACCCGGCUGUGAACCCGACAGUAUUCCGGGUGUAA